AUGGAGAUUGAAGAAGAGAUAGAACCCAGGCAAAGUUUUAGCUUACUUAGUGAAGCCCCGAAGAAAACCAUCACUCUUAGACCAACAGUUUUGGAGGAUGAUGAAGAGCUGUUUAAUAGUGAAGAUUAUCAAUAUAUUUAAAAGAAUAAUCUCUUUCUUCACAGCAUCCUUGGUCCUGAUUACUACAGUCAUAAAUUUCGUCCUUACAGCCUCAGCCUACCAAAAAGCUGUAGCUAGUCAGAAUCAAAUUAAUUACUUGUUUGAUAAUUGGAAUAGUCAUUAUGUAGUAGAUAUACAGUCAAUUCAGGAUAAAUAUAGUUGCCCAAAGGACUAUAAGCCUAUGGUUAAAAGAGCAUGGCCAGGGACAGUUGAAGGAUGUAACUGCACCGCCACAAACUUCACGACUCCAACGAUCAUGAGGGGAGAGUGUACAGAGAAGCAGGUUAAGGCUGAUUGCAAAGAUAUCCAGCCUAUUCUGAAAAUGGCUCUCCAAAAGUUUCAUAACAGAUUGAUAUGAAUAAAAAGGGAGCCAAUCGAUUUUUUAGAAACAGUACGUCCUAACUCUAAAGGACGAUGCCCUGGACUUAAUCAGAGGUUGUGAGGAGACCCAGAUAGUGACUUUAGUUACCACAUCUGAGUAAAGGGUAAUCAAAAAUGUCCAAUAACUGAUAUUAUUGUCACAGAUGACUCGAGCACGAUAAAUGAUGGCAAAUACACCCAAGUCGAGCUUGAUGAUAAUAAGGUGUUACUAUUCUCAAAAUCAGCUGAUUUCUUACCUGUAGUUCAGUUUAAAUUAACAGAAGGUUCUCCCUGAAUCACAGAAAAUGAAUAUGACAUUACCAAAAAUAGAUAUGUGUAUAAGCUAAUAGAUAAAUCUACUAAUGAAGGCUGCAUAACUCCUCUCAACGAUGAAACCCUCUACGACAAGAGGUUCCGAUUCAUUGACGGGAUUAGUGAAUAUGACCUUUUCAAGGAUAAUGGAAUUCUAGAUGCGAUGAAAUCUAACGAGAAUUACAAAGGUCAGGAAUAUUCGAGGGACUACACUUUCAACCUGUACCAAAAAUCAUACAUCCGAUGGAAACUUUCUUGUGAAGAAGUAGGGCUGACUAGGCAAGCCAUCUACACGAAGGUGCAAAAUGUAGAGCAAGCAUGGUGGUGGCAAUCCCUAUUUAAGCUAUUCUGCCUUUACAACAUGCUGAUUACGGGGUUUAUAUUUGGAGUUGUGGACUGGUCUAAGAACCUCUAUGAUCUUAUCAAAAAGCCAGCCUCGACACAUCCUUGACUAGAAAUUUGGGGGAAAAUCACUCAUUGGAUUGUCAUAUCCGUAUCGUUCUGUAAGAUUUUCUUUGUAUAUGUCUGAGUAAGCUACAUCGAUAAAUAUGAGUACUCCAUCAGAAUUCUACAGCUAAAUAAGUGAUCUGAUCAGCUCACUAAUGACAUCUUUGGAGAGCUAGGAAGUUCACUCAUGAGUUCUAGACCAGAUAAUCUCUUGACCUUAAAGCUCACAAUGUUGAUGCUAGCAUUCGAAGCAAUCAAAUAUCUUACCCCAAGCAUUGUUGAUCUCAGGAAAUCGCAAGGAUAUGUCCAUAAUUUUAGAAAGAAGGACAUUUAAAAUUUCAAAA